CGAAGCUAAUCUCUUUUUCUCUCUCUCUCUCUCUCUCUUUUUAUAUCUUUUUUUUCAACUGUAUGGGAUUGAUUGAAUCGCUGGAUAAUUUUGUCCACGGUGGGCCAAAGCCUGAUUCUUAUGAACGCAAAAAGAAGUAUAACUUUGGUGAGGAAUUAGGUAGUGGAUCGUACGGGUACGUGAAAAAGGCAACUCGUAUUGAGGAUGAUAAGCAAGUUGCUAUAAAGAUCAUUCCAAAGUCUAAAGUCAAAGGUCAUUUCGACAUGGUUUAUUCGGAAAUGGAUGUCCUUGAAGGCCUCUCUCAUCCCAAUGUCAUUGGUUUUUAUGACUGGUUUGAAUCUCGUGAAAAGUUUUAUUUAGUUUUCGAAUUAGCAACAGGUGGCGAAUUAUUCGAGCGAUUAUUUGAAAGAGGAAAGUUUACAGAAAAGGAUGCUAUCAAAAUCAUGGGCUCUGUUCUUCGAGGCCUGGAAUAUCUUCAUAAGAAGAAGAUUGUUCACAGAGAUAUGAAGCCAGAAAAUCUCCUGUUCAAGACUCCAGAAGCGAACGCAGAACUCGUCAUUUGUGAUUUUGGUAUUGCCAAAAUUAUCAAUGACGCUGGUGCAGGUUUAAAGACAGUGUGUGGAUCACCUGGCUAUGUCGCUCCUGAAGUACUUUUAAAGAAGUCUUAUAGCUUCCCUGUGGAUAUUUGGGGUGUCGGUGUAAUUACGUACACAGUGCUUUGUGGUUACCAGCCUUUUCAAGGAGAGGAUAAUAUUGAAUUAAUGGACGAUAUUACACAUGCUCGUUAUGAAUUUCAUGAGAGAUAUUGGAGAAACGUUUCUCCUGAUGCGCGUGCAUUUAUUAGAAGGUGUCUCUCGUUGAACCCAGCCGAUCGACCCACCGCUACAGAAGCUUUAAAUCAUGUUUGGAUGACGGGACAACAAGCCAAGGAUAUUGAUCUUUUGGACACGGUGCGUGAAAACUUUAAUGCUCGUCGAACAUUUAAAAGUGCUAUUAGUGCUGUAAAAGCUAUGAAUCGUAUACGUUCACAGUCCCUUGUGAAAGAAGGAAAGAGAGCUGCUACAACCAUCUCUGCACCCACCACCGAAGCAGUGAGUAAUAUUACAGCUGGCGUAGAUAUUUCAAAGUCAAAAACAGUCCAAUAAUAAAAAAAAUAAUUCAAUUUCCGUUAUUUUUAAAAUUUAACAAUUUAUGGAAACUUUUUUUUUUCUUUUUUAUUAUUUUUAAAAAUGUACAAAAUUACCCAAGAAAACCAAGGCUUUCAAAGGUAAAAAUGGGUUGACAAAAAAUUUGGUUUUCUGAUUCCGUUUA